CGCAGCCGGAAUAUGGAGUUGCACGGAAACGUUAUCUGCUCUUCGUCGACGAUGAACAAUAUAAGUGCCCCUCUGGUCCACAUCUGGGCAGUCAAGCAAUCCAGCAAGUUUCACAUUCAGAAUCGCGACUCUACCAAGACUAAUCACUUACCAUGCCGGUCUUCACCGAAUUCGCCUCCAAGUCUCGAGACCUCCGAGUCCUUCCAUCCUUCGCCCCUCCGCUGCCUCGUUUCUCACCACCCUUCCAGCCUAAAGGAGAUGGGACCGAGCGGUAUGAAGUGGUUAUCGUAGGGGCCGGGCCCGCGGGACUCAUGCUGCAGCUUCUUCUGGCCAGAUAUGGACUGAGCGACGAGUCUCUGCUAUGCAUCGAUUCCAAGUCAAGCACGUUGAAGUCCGGCCAGGCCGAUGGUAUCCAGCCCCGGACAUUGGAGGUGUUGAAAACAUUGGGCAUUUCGGACGAGAUCGAGAACGAGGCGUGCCAGAUCUGGGAUUUUGCCUUCUGGAACACAGCUACCGACGCCUCCAAAAUCAUCGAGCGCAAGUCCAUUCUCCCCGACGUGAUACCCGAGGCGCGCUUUCCCUAUGAAGCUACCAUCCACCAGGGGCGGGUGGAACGCAUAAUGGAAACCGACCUCCUGCGAUACUCCAAGAGAGGAGUGCAAAGAGACACCAAGCUGCUCAACGUUCAGAUCGAUGAAACAGAUGCCGAGUUUCCCGUUGUGGCCGAGAUCGAGACGCACGGUGUUAGACGAGUUAUUCGGUCCAAACACUUGGUUGGUGCAGAUGGUGCACACUCCAUGGUUCGUCAAUCUAUGGGACUGAAGCUGGAGGGCCAGUCGUUGGACCAUAUCUGGGGCGUUGUGGACAUGGUGGCGGACACCAACUUCCCUGACAUUCGCAAACGGUGUGCGAUCCACUCCCCGGCUGGCUCGGUGAUGGUGAUUCCCCGGGAGCAGAUCGUGACGGGUGAGUAUCUCACUCGACUCUACGUACAGGUGCCAGGGAUUGUGAACCCAGACAGCGACGUUGCCGGGGAAUCUGCAGACCCGUGCGUCGAGGAUGCCAGAGUACGCCGCAGCAAAGUGACGCUCGACGAGAUCCUGAAGCAAGCCACGGACGCGUUCAAGCCGUACUGCCUGCGACCCAAGAGCGACGAGUCCAUCGACUGGUGGGCCGCUUACCAGAUUGGUCAGCGGGUCUCACCUGAAUUUACUGUCAAGGACUCUGCUGGUAUUGACCGGGUGUUCAUAGCGGGAGACGCCUGCCACACACACAGCCCGAAGGCCGGCCAAGGAAUGAACGUAUCCAUGAUGGACUCUUACAAUCUGGCCUGGAAACUGGCCUACCACAUCCACGGGCUCAGUCCCGCCUCCGCCCAGCAGGGGCAUCCGGAUCCUCUGCUCCACACCUACCAGCUGGAACGGCAUGCCAACGCACAGCAGUUGAUUGACUUCGACCGCAAGUUCUCGACCAUCUUCUCCGGUCAGCUCGACAGCGAGUCGGGCCUGUCGCACGCCGAGUUUGUGGAGACGUUCAACACGGGCAACGGCUUCACCAGCGGAUGUGGGGUGGAGUAUGCCGAUAACAUGAUCGUGGCGAAGACGCCUGACGGAUCCAUCCAUCCUGUGCGAGGGGACGACUACCUGUCGGGGAUCCUUCGCGCGGGCAGGCGGUUGCUGAACGUGAAGGUGAAGCGACACGCGGACGGCAGACACCGGGAUAUCCACGAUGGUCAGUAGUAACA